CCAGCAUUUAAGCAAUGCACUUUGGGAACUGUAGUCUUGUUUGUUGAUUGCGGCCUUAAAUUGGUGUCAUUUUAUUGUAUCUAACUAAGUUUGUGACAAGUAACAAGAUGAACAAUUACAAGCUGCAGAUGGCAGAGCAGUUCUUGAGUCACGCCCUGGGCAUCAUCUACCUGCUGACUGGAGAGGAAUAUACUGUUGUGAAGAAAAAUGCUUGUAGCAUUCAUCAACUGAAAGGAGAGGUGCCUAUAAAGUGUGACGAUGCCGCAGUGUAUUUCUCUGUGGAGGAAUGGGAUUAUAUAGAUGGACACAAAGAGCUUUACAAAGACAUCAUGGUAGAGAAUCACCAGACACAAAGGACUUUGAAGUUUGCAGCACAUGAGAGCUCAGGACAAAAAUUAAAAUUGGAAUCAACAGGUCACUGUGAUAGUGAACUAAAUACAGAGUUGUUAAGCGACAAGCAAGAGGAUGAGAGACUUGGAAAGGCAAUUACACAAGUGGGGAGACAUUCAGAUUUGCAUGCGAGUCAUGAUGAACAUGUAGAGAUACAGGUAACUGAAUCUCAGGGAGAUCAAAGCAUUCUUCAUCAGGCAGAAACCUGUUCAGCGCCAUCUUUAGAAUUAACAGGUAACUAUGAUGAUGAAAAUCUAGUCUCUGUAUCAGUUGUUGAGGAAACAGGAAAUGAAAAUCAGGUGCAAACCAAUUCAACUCUCGAAGAAGUGCACUUACAUAAAAUAGAUGAAUACAAAAUGGAUAUAAAAGAAGAAUUCAACAUAAUAGACGGUAAAUCGGAAAUGACAAUGGAAGAUAAUAGUAGUUAUGCUACUCUACAAAUUCAAGGAUAUCUCUUUGACAGAUACUUGCCUCAAGAUUCAUUAUUUGACAGAAAUAAGUCUACAUAUCAUUUGACAUCUUGCGAACAUGAGCAAAUCUCUGGUCAUUUUGAAGAAAGAGUUAUUGAAAGUCAUAGUGAUGUACCUUCUACUCCCAGAACUACUAAUAUGAAUGAACCAGUAAACUAUGCAACACAUGGUAACGAAAUAGAACAUAAUGUAUAUUUCAAAGAAUUAAAUUCAGUAGAAAGGCCAUAUCUCUGCCAGAAGUGCGGCAACGUCUUUACUCAUUCAUCCAGUUUGGCUAGACAUCUAAGAGCUCAUACAGGUGUGAAACCAUAUGUUUGCCUGUACUGUGGAAAAAGAUUUUCUGAAAGGAUUUAUUUGAAAGAACACCACAGAAUGCAUACAGGAGAAAAACCAUAUGUUUGCAAACUGUGUGGAAAAAGCUUUUCUCGAAGAUUUUGUUUUGAUGUUCACAAGAAAACACAUACAGGAGAGAAACCUUAUGGUUGCCAACAGUGUGGGAAGUGCUUCUCUCAAAGACCACAUCUGAUGGCACAUCUCAGAAUCCACACAGGAGAAAAACCAUAUGUUUGCAAGCUGUGUGGAAAAAGCUUUUCACGAAGAUAUAGUUUAGAUGAACACAAGAAAACCCAUACAGAAGAGAGACCCUAUGCUUGUCAGCAAUGUGGAAAAGCCUUCACUCGAAUGUCCAGUUUAGGUAGACAUCACAGAGUUCAUAGAGAAGAAAAAAAUAUCCCUGCUAGAGAUGUGGAAAUAGGUUCUCUGAAUGUUCUUAUCUGAAAGAACACCACAUCAAUUAGCAUUGUUUGCUAGAAUUAUGUUGAAUUCUUAACAUAUACAUUGUAUAUAAUUAAAAGGACAUUAAAAAGGAAA